UCCUGUGAUGAGGAGGUUUGGGAUGAACAAGCCGAGCGCCGGCGAGCUCGCGUCCCUCUGCGCAUCAUACGACAGGUUUGAGCGCCAGAUCCCUCGCGGCGGCGAUCACAGGCGGCUGGAUUUCUCGCGCUCCCGGCCGCUGCCGCCGCCGCCGCCGCAUUGCUACGCAUCGCAGCCGUCGCAGAGCCAGCAGGAGUCCUUCUCUUCCCAGGGCUUCUCGCAAUCCAGGCGAGAAUCGCAGGUCACGGCCACGGAUUUGGUCCCUUUGCCAGUCCCAAUUCGAUCGGACGAUGCGAUCGAGCAGCGGUUGGCUGCUCUGGAAAAUCUCGUGGCCGGGGUUGCGGAGAGCAUCAGUUCCAUGCGGAACUCUCUGGACGACCAAAAUCGCAAGGUUUCAUUCAUGCUGAAGGAGGAGGAAGGCACCAUCAAACGAGUGCUCGAUCAGAUCCAAGCUGUGCCCGCAAAGCUGUCCGGGGAUGUUAAAACGGCACUCCGAGAGGAACUCAAGCAAGCGCUCUUGGAGUCGGACGAAGAAACUGUUAGCCAAUGCAAGGAUCCGAGAGAUAAGAGCGCAUGGAGUGUGGAGAUCAGCAGGAGGAAAGCAGCAAGAGAGGAGGAGCAACGAUCCGACGAUUCUACAACCUUGGAUCUCUACUCUCCAAGCGCAAAGGAGCUCAAGAAAAUGCGAGACAAGGUCCUGAGAGCUCGGAGGAGCAUUAAGAAACGAGCUUGACGAGAUCCACUUGGUCUUCCGCGGUAUGUAGAAUCUAGACUUCCUGUUUAGUUAAAAACGAUUUGGAGAUAAUCAUCCUUCGGAACUUCCACACUUACAUACCUAGCAAAGUGGACUUUCGACAGGAUGUGCUUUGACAGCCUUGUGUCCUGGAGCUGCGAUAUGUCGAGAACACGUUUCAAAGCAGAGCUGGCUUUGGAGAUGUUCGAAUGGAUCAGUGAAAUGCCUCGACUUUGCUCCUGCUCUGAAAGCUCGCACCACCUUCAGCCGACGAAGAAAAGAAGGAAAUCCACGGAUAGAGAAGGGAAUGGCCAAUAUUCACUCGCAGUGCUCACAGUAUGAUGCAGGAAACAGCGAGGGUGAUCCGGCUUUGGAAUUAGUAGCGGAAAUACAAGCAGCA